AAACAAGAAGCGCAGCUCAAUGUUUACAUCCAAACAGGGAACGCUGGCUCCUCCUCCGCCUCCUCGGCUCCUUUACUCUCGCUACAACACGGAAUAAGACUCCCCGUAUAUACAAUAUGGCUAUAUAACCUCGGAGGACGAGUGUUACUGCAGGUGUGGCCCAGAGACUUGGGUGUGUGUAGAGGGUGAGAGAGGUGACGAGGUGGAGUGGGUGCUUCCUCUGCCAGGGUGUGCGGUGACAUAAUGACUAACUAGUAUGACUCAUACUGGAGUAAACAGGUGAAAAACUGAAUGUUGUAGGCAGGAUAUUGUUUGAUAAACUUCAGGUGUAGUGCCUUUAGUACUUGUUGGAGAUUGCAAGCUGGAAUUUCCCGUAGGACCUGCUUUCCAUGUUUUGAUAAAUGGUAUGGAAACCCAUUCGCUAUGAUGCAAGGCUAGGUUGUUCAGCUUGGGAAGUUGCAGCACUUAUCUAUGUAGUACAGAACAUCUGGACAGGAUGGAAGGUGGACGCCGGAAAGUUCAUACUAGUGGAGGAAAAGGUGGAAGUGAGGAGUGCAGCGUUAGUGUUGGGGACCGCGUAGUGUGGCUGAGUGAGGAUUACCCCGAGUUUGGUGUAGUACAGUGGACUGGGAAGUUGCCAGGAAUGAACGAGUCCGGAUCAUGGAUGGUUGGAGUGGAAUUUGAUAAUCCUGUAGGUGAAGACAACCACAGAGUCGGUGGAAAGUUGUUGUUUGAGGCUAAAAUAAAUCAUGCUUCUCUGAUGCCCUUAACAAAUCUUAUGAAAGCUGAGGAUGUUCUUGGUAAAGAGGCUUUUGGAGCAGAUCCAAGUGGACGUAAUUCAAGUGGAAAGCGGCCCGCACAUCUAAUAUCAAAAAACGACAGUCAACUUGGCAGCGACAUGUCAAGCAUGACACCUUUUCACAUCCUAGCUUAUGAGCAGCUCUCAGCAUCUGGUCAGCGAGGCAGUGGGCCGCCACCACCGUACUCUGAGAAGGACUGGGAGCUGGCUCCUCACAUGACCUACACCACUUCAAAAAAUAUGAUAUCAUGUAAUAAGGAGACACUGCAUGAUCAUAAGUCUCGUCAACGGGACAAGAGUAAAAUUUUAAAUCGCAAUUUAGAUAAAAAGAACAAUAAAUGGAAAUCUUCUGGAAUGAGUGGCCGGCCGACACAAAUAAACAACGAUAUUGAACAAAAUUCUCCAAUUGUAGGACUUGGUGAUUCAGAGAUGCCUGUCAAUCCCUUGUAUCAUUUAUCUCUUCAUGGGAUUGACCAGUUAGAGGUUGUGUCUGAUGGAGACGGCAGCGUUUAUGAAACCCCUGAGGGCAGCGUGGAGGGCACUGAAGAAGACUUAGACACUGGUUCACUGGUUGAGGUGGUCAUCAAGGAAGUUCCUAGGUUUGGUGUGAUCAGAUGGAUUGGUACUGUUCCUGGAGACAAGAAGGAAGGAAGGAAAGUUGCUGGUGUGGAGAUGGAGGACGCAGAGGAUGGUUUAUCAGACGGAACCUUCAGUGGCAAGAGAUAUUUCACAUGUCCAGCUGGGAAAGCAUUGUUUGUCCCACUACGCAUGUGUCAUAAAGAUAGCCGUUUCCUCGAGUCCAUAUCAUCUAACCCAAGAGCUAGUUUAGGGAAAUCUUCUGGAGCAUUUGGCAGUAUGGACUGUCAGCCAGUAGGAGGAAGUGUAGCACCGUUGUCAACUCCUGAUGAAGUUCGGGCGAUGUUUGGCAAGAAUCGGGGGAUCCAGGGCCAUCAGAACUCUUGCUACCUUGAUGCUACCCUAUUUAGCAUGUUUGCUUUUACAAGCGUAUUUGACAACUUGCUGUUUCGACCACCAACUGCUCAUGACAUUAAGGAGUAUCAUGAAGUCCAACGUGUUUUAAGAGAAGAGAUUGUCAACCCUCUUAGGGCAAACCUCUUUGUGCGAGCAGAUCGCAUCAUGAAACUUCGCACCAUGCUAGAUCAUCUGUCUUCCGUACGUGGUCUUACCACAGAAGAAAAAGAUCCUGAGGAAUUCUUGCACUCCCUGUUGGCCCAGAUUCUGCAGGCUGAGCCCCUUCUUCAAUUAUCCUCUGGCCAAGAAGCUUAUCAUUACCAGCUUUUUGUUGAUAAAGAUGAAAAACUCAACCUGCCAUCUGUUCAGACUCUGUUUGACCAGUCUUUCCUCACUUCGGAUAUCAAAUUGAAGCAAGUUCCGUCCUGUUUGAUCAUCCAAAUGCCUCGUUUUGGGAAAGACUACAAAAUGUACCCAAGGAUUUUGCCGUCCAUGGUUCUUGAUGUUACAGAUGUCAUUGAGGACUCUCCGCGUCAAUGCAUUAUAUGUGGAAAGUUAGCCGAGUACGAGUGCCGUGAGUGCUUUGGACAGUGUGGCUCAGGACUUGAGAGUAUUGCCUUCUGUGCCAAAUGCAUGGAUAAAGCUCACAGCCACAAGAAAAGAGGCAGCCACACAUCCACUCGCAAGUUGAAAGUUCCUCCAGACUUUCAGAUGCUUGCGGAUCACUGUGGCUCCAUACCUCGAGUAUACAUGGAACUCUUUGCUGUAGUGUGCAUUGAGACUUCUCAUUAUGUAGCAUUCACUCGUUGCGGUUCUGGUGCUGAUGCUACCUGGUGCUUUUUUGAUUCCAUGGCAGACCGAAAAGGUGAGCAGCAUGGGUACAAUAUCCCAACCGUUGUGGAGUGUGGAGAUCUGAUGCAGUGGGUUGGAGAUGAAGGUAGUCAGAUGCUUCACGUUGUCACUGACAACAAGGCCCUUCCUGACCUUCCUCGGCGUCUUCUUUGUGACGCUUACAUGUGCUUUUACCAGAGUCCCAAGGUCAUGAUGUAUAGGUAGAUACAAAUGACAAUUAAAUUAUAUACUUUACCUCAAGCUGAAGUGCUCUUUAUUUAUUUUAUUUAUUAUAUAAAUACAGUACAGGUAUAGACUUUUAUUGUUAAUUUCUCUCCUGAAAAAAACUAGAAAUUGCAUAUCUUUCCUGAAAGAUAACACUUCCUAAAUUAUGAUAUUAUUAAAUUGAUUGUCAAACAUUGAAAGAACUUUAAGUGGAGAAAUAGAAUUGGAAAGGCAAUGAAAAAAUGGUAAGAUAUUGGAGAACCAGCUAGUAACUUGAUCCAUUCAGAAAAACUUUUAAUUUACUCAUUUUGAUUUUUUUUUUGUAUGAGAGCCAUACAGAGAACAAGUCCAUCUACGAAUAUUAUGAGAGUAAACUUCACUUACACGUUUUAAUGUUUUUAAAUUAGACAAUGUCUAGUUGCAAUAUAUACAGUACUUGCAUUUACAUAGUGAUUUGACAUUUACUAUCCUGUCUCCAUGGCAUUCUCAAAGAUUCUCUCUUUAAAUUAAAUACACUAUAUAUAUAUUUAUAUAUAUAUAUAUAUAUAUAUAUAUAUAUAUAUAUAUAUAUAUAUAUAUAUAUAUAUAUAUAUAUAUAUAUUUAUUUAUUUAUUUAUACUGAUAAAUGAGUAGAUGGAUUGAGCUUAGCUGUUUACAGAUGACAAUCCUAAAAGGUUUAAAGUUCUACAAGUAUUUGAAAGUUAACUACAGUUUAUACUCAAGAUGGGACAUUUGAAACUUCAUAGUAGCAUGUCUUAAAACAGUUGAAUGUUGAUUGCUGAAUAAUGAGUGUGCCAAAUAAUUGAUAAACAUGGGAUUUAAAUUUUAUUUUCUACAAAUAUUUGAUAUACAGGGUAUUUUGUCACAGAAAAAACCCUUUAUGGAAAAAUGUAUUUUAAAGUAUUGUAAAUUUUGUGCUUAGUUCAACAAACAUUUCAUUAUAAUGUGUAUAAUUUAUAAAUAUAGUAGAUAUAGUACGUAGGAUGUACAUGAUUUAUGUUUUUUUCUUGCUAUAUGCUAAUGGUAUAGUUUAGGUCAAGCGUUUACAAAUCCUUGCAUGGAUAUUGUAAAUAAUAUGCUUAGUACUUUCUCAAAGAUUUUAUAUUAUUGCAAUAAAUAUUACCAAUGUCAACAAUAUGCAUACAAUACAGUAUUUUAAAACAGAAACUAAUUCUCACUGAAACAUGGUCAUUUCACUGCCAUUUUUAAAAAGAAUCUUGCCAUACAUGACUGCUUUGGUUCAGCAUAAAUGUUGUCACAGUGGUUGCCAGCCUUUCUUUGUAACAAUCCAAAGUCAAUGUAUGUGUAUCUUCUUAAUCGUGUCUCCAUAUACAGUAGCAUUAUUGUUACUUCAGAAUUAGGGAGUAUUUCACAGUGGACUAUCCAGUCUGUAUUUUGUAAAGUGUCAAUGACUGAAAAUUGAUUGACUUGUGAGUGUGCUUGUGGCAAAUUGGUAUGCAACUUGUUGAAUUUUUAUUAUUCAGUGACCCGUAGCUUGUGGUGUGAUUGCUGUUGGAUGGUCUGUAGCUUGUGUGGUUGUAAUUGGAUGAUCUAUAGCUUUUGGUGUCAUGCUUUUAGCUCGGUGAUCUUUUGGCGUGACACAGUACAUCCUUGUUAAGAUUAUAAUUUCUUCCCAUAAUGCCUCAUAUGAACGACUGCUCAGGUCUCUCACUUCCGUACUUACAGAUCUUCAGUGCAAAUUUUUUGUUUUACAUGUAUGCCAACAAAUGGUCAUUGUAGCUAUUUGAAUUUCUAGUUAUUGUAGCAUUUUAUUUAAUAUAGUAUACAUAAACACAUUUUACUCUUAUUAAUUGGACAGCCGUGAAUAAGUAAAAGCUGCAUCAUGUGACCAUGAUCCACACGCUAGCCAUACUAUUACUAUUGUUAUUAUUAAUUGGUCAUGACAUCUUUACAAACACAUUACCUCCCUUUUAAUAGUUGUUUUUUUGGUCACUACCAUUCUAAGGAAAUGAAACUCUUCCAUUGGCUAUCAGUUUUAGAAUAACCUGAAUAUUAUAAGGUAGUAAAUGCAAAUAAUGUGAUGUGUGUAAGAAAAAGAUGCGACUGGAAAAGUGCAAUAUUUGAUUGAUUGAUUCUAUGUAGAGUUAAGAAACAUUUGUUUACAUGUAUGUGCAUGUUCACUUGUAAUUAUGAAUGUAUUGUAUAUAAUCCUUGCUAUGUUUUUGGCAUACAUAGGACAGUAAUCUCUCAUGUUAUAGCAAAAGUAUAAUUGCAGUUGGUCAUUGAUUUAUGUAUUCUAUACAAGUGAUGGUGUAUGCUUUAAAAUACUUUCAUAUAUACUGCAUUUUAAGGUUUUCUGUUAAAGAUCACCAAAAUAUAGCAGUUAAUGUAAAUACUUAGGUUACAGUACAUGAAUCAUUCUAAUUUAUCUAGUCAUCUAAUGAGAAUGGUCUUAGUUUCAUUAAAAGUCCUUAAUGCUUGCUAUCUGAAGUGUCCUGAAUUUUAUCUCCAUUUGGUUUUUGUUUAACAAAACUUCAGUUAAAUAUAUCUGAAUUUGUAUUAUUAUUUUAGUGUGAACUUAUUAAUGCCAAAAAUUAUAUUUGUGAGCUUUAGUAACACGCGUCAAUUGCCAGCACUGUAUAUUGGAGUAUUUGUUUAAAAUGCUCACUUUAUUUAGUAUCACUUGAGUGUAUCGUUAGGAAAAGGAGGAGAAUAUGAGGUUAUUUACUUGAAUGAUAAUUAUAUUUAAAUUACAACUUUAUUAUUGGCAUUUCUUAAAGUUGAAUAUGGUUAACUUAUAUUUUUGUUUUAUAUGGGUAUUAGUUACCUGAAUGAAUGUAAAAUUUCUUAUUUUUCAUCUGACCUGGAUCCAAAUGCCUAGCAUAUCUAGUUUUUGGCUGGAGAAGUACGGCAUAAUUGGUGCGUGAAAACUGGAAAAGAAAAAGUUUGUGCAGACACACGCAGCUAACCACUAUCAGUGUGUGCACUUCAAAUCAUCCUAAGAUUUUGACAACAGAUAUUGUUCAAAUUGUAUUAGUACAGUAUUAACAGGCAACUUGAUAACAUAGGACUGUUUGCAUCAUAAUUUGUUGAUGUCUAAUUGUCAAGUGUUUUUAAAAGAAUAAGUGAAUUCUUUAGUUUUAUUUGGAACUGCUUGAAGACAGUACUUUCUACCUCCAUGCUAGAGACUUAAGUUUCUCGUCAAGGAGAGCAAAUUAAUAUCGAUAAAAUGGUGUUCUAAUUGUUAAAAAUUAAAUUAUAAAUAUACAUUUAUACUGUAUUUGAUUAUCUUUGUUGUGCUAUAUUCUGUAAGAAAAUUUUAUUAUGCAUCUCCAUUAUAAAUGUUUUAUUUUCAUAUGAUAUACAAAAAAACAAAUUCACAGUGAACUGUCGUGUCAUUGGCUCACAACAGAGGGUCUCGGAGUUCAAUUUCCAUGCAGGACACGGUGUUGGGCAAGUGUCUUUUCAGCUGACACUUGUGUUCACCUAGCAGUAAAUAGGUACAAGAUAGUCAAAUUGAUUAUUGUGUCUUGCAUCCUGAUGAAGGUCAGUAGUUGGCCAAGGGGAACGUCAAUAAACCUAAGUACAGGCUUCCUGUUCCCAAUAGUGGGAAACCAAGCCAUAUGUGACAGACUUGAAGGUCAUAUCUGUUAGAAUAAUGAAGCAUUGUUUAUGGGCAACACUGCCCACUCCGGAUAUUUUUGGAAUUACUGUAUUGCUAAAAGGAUCAAAAAUGUUUUAGCAAUAUAAUAAUCAUGUCUGGAAGUCAGAGUGUAAUUUGGUGCUAGUUGGCUAUUGAUACAUGGCUUGGUUUAUUCCAAUUAAUAUUGGAAUUGGCUAUUGAUUAGUAUUCAACUAGCACCAAAUUACACUUCCAACUUCCAGAACACGAUGGAACAUAUAACAUACUCCCUAAGCCAUCAUACAACUAGGAGAUUUGGCAAGAUACAGUGGACCUAUAAGUAAGAUGUUUUACCAUUGCCUCAUCCUCGGAUAUAUAUCAUGCAGCAAGAAACUGUGUAAUAAUUUGAUCUCUGCCUUUGACAAUGUUAACAAGAAUUAAUGAAAUGCAUCUCUUAGCAUCAGGCCAAAUAAAACUGUAAAAAAGAA